AGAAGUUUGCCGAGCGCUUUCUCGCCGGCUGGUCCCGGACUCGCGCUGCGCUUCGCGCCGCCUCCUCCUUCUCCCAGUCCUCCCGCCGCCCUGUUGUCUCGGGAGUCCUGUGGGAAGGUCGGACGCUCCGGGUAAGGACCGUGGAGGUGGACGAGGGUCAGCGCCGGAGAGGAGCGGCAGGGAGCCGUCCCGCUGACAGCUCCGCGUCUCGACGCCGCUGCGCAGGGCCCCGGCUCGCCGCGGGUCUCGCCCCGCUUCCCGUGGCCACCGGGCGGGCGAUGCGGCCGCCGAGCCCCGCGGCGCAGAGAGGACGGCAGGCGGCGCGGAGAGCCUAGAGCGCGCUCGGCGAAGGGAGUGGUGAGCAUGGAGUGGUGAGCGCCCCUCGCUCGGCGAGGCCGCCCGCCGCAGGCUCCCCAUGGCCGGGACGUACAGCUCCACUCUGAAGACGCUGGAGGACUUGACCUUGGACUCCGGCUAUGGGGCCGGGGACUCGUGCCGCUCGCUCAGCCUCUCGUCCUCCAAGUCCAACUCGCAGGCGCUCAACUCUUCGGCGCAGCAGCACCGCGGGGCGGCCUGGUGGUGCUACUCCGGCUCCAUGAACAGCCGUCACAACAGCUGGGACACGGUGAACACGGUGCUGCCCGAGGACCCCGAAGUGGCCGACCUGUUCUCGCGCUGCCCGCGGCUCCCGGAGCUGGAGGAGUUCCCCUGGACAGAAGGGGACGUAGCGCGGGUGCUGCGCAAAGGCGCCGGCGCGCGGCGUCUGCCCGCGUUCUCGGUGGAGGCGGUGCGGCGCCUGGCGGGGCUGCUCCGCAGGGCGCUCAUCCGCGUGGCCCGCGAAGCGCAACGCCUGAGCGUGCUGCACGCCAAGUGCACCCGCUUUGAGGUGCAGAGCGCAGUGCGCCUGGUGCACAGCUGGGCGCUGGCUGAGAGCUGCGCGCUGGCGGCCAUCAAGGCGCUGUCGCUCUACAGCAUGAGCGCGGGCGACGGGCUGCGCCGGGGCAAGUCGGCGCGCUGCGGCCUCACCUUCUCCGUGGGCCGCUUCUUCCGCUGGAUGGUGGACACGCGAAUCUCCGUGCGCAUCCACGAGUACGCGGCCAUCUCGCUCACCGCCUGCAUGGAGAACCUGGUAGAGGAGAUCCGGGCCAGGGUUCUGGCCAGCCAGAGCCCCGACGGCGGCGGAGCAGGAGGCGGGGAAGUGACCGCGGAGGCCUUGGAGAUGGUCAUCAACAACGACGCCGAGCUCUGGGGCGUCCUGCAGCCCUAUGAGCACCUCAUCUGCGGCAAGAACGCCAAUGGUGUCCUUUCCCUCCCUGCGUACUUCAGCCCCUACAACGGUGGGUCUCUGGCCCACGAUGAGCGAGCUGAUGCCUAUGCCCAGCUGGAGCUUCGGACCCUGGAGCAGUCCCUCCUGGCCACAUGCGUGGGCAGCAUCUCAGAACUGAGCGACCUGGUCUCCCGCGCCAUGCACCACAUGCAGGGGCGUCACCCUCUGUGUCCUGGUUCCAGCCCUGCCCGCCAGGCCCGCCAGCCGCCUCAGCCCAUCACCUGGUCCCCCGACGCCCUCCACACGCUCUACUACUUCCUGCGCUGUCCACAGAUGGAGUCCAUGGAGAACCCCAACUUGGACCCCCCAAGAAUGACCCUGAACAACGAACGGCCCUUCAUGCUGCUGCCGCCGCUGAUGGAGUGGAUGCGUGUGGCCAUCACCUACGCCGAGCACCGCCGCAGCCUCACCGUGGACGGCGGAGACAUCCGGCAGGCGGCCCGGCUGCUGCUGCCAGGCCUGGACUGCGAGCCCCGACAGCUCAAACCCGAGUGCUGUUUCAGUUCCUUCCGGAGGCUGGAUGCCCGCGCUGCUACAGAAAAGUUCAAUCAGGACCUGGGUUUCCGCAUGCUCAACUGUGGGCGGACAGAUCUCAUCAGCCAGGCCAUCGAGGCCCUGGGACCCGAUGGCGUGAACACCAUGGAUGACCAGGGCAUGACGCCGCUGAUGUACGCCUGUGCCGCAGGGGACGAGGCCAUGGUCCAGAUGUUGAUUGAUGCGGGAGCAAACUUGGACAUCCAGGUUCCAAACAAUUCUCUCAGGCACCCCUCUGUCCAUCCCGAUAGUCGGCACUGGACCUCGCUGACGUUUGCUGUGCUGCACGGACACAUCUCUGUCGUCCAGUUGCUGCUGGAUGCAGGUGCCCACGUGGAGGGCUCAGCAGUGAGCAGCGGUGAGGACAGCUACGCGGAGACGCCCCUGCAGCUGGCCUCCGCAGCUGGGAACUACGAGCUGGUCAGCCUGCUGCUGAGCCGGGGCGCCGACCCCCUCCUCAGCAUGCUUGAAGCCAGCGGCAUGGCCUCCUCCCUCCACGAGGACAUGAACUGCUUCAGCCACUCAGCUGCCCAUGGCCACAGGAACGUCCUGAGGAAACUCCUGACUCAGCCGCAGCAGGCAAAAGCAGAUGUUCUAUCCCUGGAGGAGAUCCUGGCGGAGGGAGUGGAGGAAAGCGACGCAUCGAGCCAGGGCAGUGGCAGCGAGGGACCGGUGCGGCCUAGCCGGACGCGCACAAAGGCACUGCAGGAGGCCAUGUACUACAGUGCCGAGCAUGGCUACGUGGACAUCACCAUGGAGCUGCGGGCCCUGGGUGUCCCCUGGAAGCUGCACAUCUGGCUCGAGUCUCUGCGGACCUCAUUCUCCCAGUCUCGGUACUCGGUAGUGCAGAGCCUGCUGCGGGACUUCAGCUCCAUCAAGGAGGAGGAGUACAAUGAGGAGCUGGUGACCGAGGGCUUGCAGCUCAUGUUCGACAUCCUCAAGACCAGCAAAAACGACUCCGUCAUCCAGCAGCUGGCCGGCAUCUUCACACACUGCUAUGGCAGCAGCCCCAUUCCCAGCAUCCCGGAGAUCCGGAAGACCCUGCCCGCCAGGCUAGACCCUCACUUCCUGAACAACAAGGAGAUGUCGGAUGUGACCUUCCUAGUGGAAGGAAAGCUGUUCUAUGCACACAAAGUCCUCCUGGUGACGGCUUCCAACAGGUUUAAGACACUAAUGACCAAUAAAUCAGAACAAGAUGGCGAUAGCAGCAAAACCAUUGAGAUCAGCGACAUGAAGUACCACAUUUUCCAGCUAAUGAUGCAGUAUCUGUACUACGGAGGAACCGAAUCCUUGGAGAUCCCCACCGCUGACAUCCUGGAGCUGCUGUCAGCCGCCAGCCUGUUCCAGCUGGAUGCCCUGCAGAGGCACUGCGAGAUCCUGUGCUCCCAGACCCUCAGCGUGGAGUGCGCCGUGAACACCUACAAAUAUGCCAAGAUCCACAAUGCCCCCGAGCUGGCCCUGUUCUGUGAGGGCUUCUUCCUGAAGCACAUGAGGGCCCUGCUGGAACAGGACGCCUUCCGGCAGCUCAUCUACGGCCGCAGCAGCAAGGUGCAGGGCCUGGACCCGCUGCAGGACCUCCAGAGCACCCUGGCUGAGCGCGUGCACUCAGUCUACGUCACCUCCCGGGUGUGAGCCGCUGGCUGGAAGCCCCCAAGGUGGGGCUGGGCUCCCUGCCCUGCCCAGACACCCUCCCUGCUGUGGAUCUCUCUGCAGGUU